CCACAGAACCAUUUUCAAAGCAAUGACCGAUAGUGGACUCGUUAACCCCCCUCCCUUUCCUUUUUUUCCCGCUUCCAAAAUCAUAUCUUUGCCAUCUUUAAUAAUUAAUCAAACAUCAACAGGGACUUGUCGAUCUCAAAAUGGGGCCUUCCAAAAAAAAGGUGGAUAGAAUAUUACUGUUAUGAUGAAAUGGAAAACCCCUCCUCCUAAGUUAUGCUCUCAUAGAGAUUUUCAUAAAUACCAACUGUUACUUCGCACUACUAUAGUUCUCCAAGUUCCCUCCUUUCUCACUUGUAACAAUUCCGACGUGAGUUUUCCUGCGACCCUUUUUGGCUUUCUUCGUUCGAAACCCUCCACUCCCUUCAAAAUCCCACCUUGGACCAGGCAAUUAAUUUUCCUUCAUUGUUCCUCUUCCUCUUUCUAUGUUGCCUUUCUUUUUAAUGUUAAAGAUUAAUUGGGUGUUCAUUGAGAUUGGUUUGUGCUAGCUUUCCGGAUUCGGUCACUAAUGCUGCUUCAAGGUUUCAAAGGAUUUGCAAUGUUUCAAGAUUCUUGCGCAUGUCAAUUUUGAUCCUUUUGUCUUCAGUUUGUCCAUCUAGUGCUGCAUAAAACCACUAUUGCAAUUGUUUCAUUGCUACAUUAACUUCUAUACACAGUUAUCGAGAUAUAAAAAAUGAGCAAAUAUGGUAUGCUGGACAAUGUUUUAAAUGAUAUACUUAAGGCAGUGACACCCUUGCAAGAAGAUUGGGCAGUUCGAUUUGGGAUUGUUAAUGAUCUGCGAUUAGUUGCAGAAUCUGUCGAAAGCCUGAGAGGAGCAACCGUGGAGCCAUUUGGGUCGUUCGUGUCUAAUCUCUUCACGCGCUGGGGUGACUUGGAUAUCUCGAUUGAGUUAUCAAAUGGUUCACAUAUUUCAUCUGUUGGGAAAAAACAUAAACAAACAUUAUUGGGGGAUCUUUUAAAGGCUUUGAGAGCAAAAGGUGGGUGGAACAACUUGCAGUUCAUAAUCAAUGCACGAGUUCCCAUUUUAAAACUUAAACGCUACCCACCGGGCAUAUCUUGUGAUAUUUCGAUUAAUAACCUGCAGGGCCAAAUGAAAUCCAAGAUUCUACUUUGGAUCAACAAAAUAGAUGGCCGCUUCCAUGAUAUGGUUUUACUGGUCAAGGAAUGGGCCAAAGCACAUAAAAUCAAUAACCCAAAAACUGGAACGUUCAAUUCCUAUUCCCUCAGUUUACUUGUAAUCUUUCACUUUCAGACUUGUGUUCCUGCAAUUUUACCACCACUCAAAGAUAUAUACCCUGGCAAUAUGGUCGAUGAUCUUAUAGGUGUUAGAGCUGAUGUGGAGGAUCUUAUUGCAGAAACAUGUGAUACCAAUAUAAACAGAUACAUAUCAGACAAGUCCAGGCCGAAAAACAAAAAAUCAUUGGCUGAACUUUUUGUUGAAUUCCUAAGAAAGUUUGCUCAGAUGGAUUCAUGGGCAUCAAAGAUGGGAAUUUCACCACAUACUGGACAAUGGGAGCAGAUAAAGGACAACACGAGAUGGUUGCCGAAGACUUAUGCGAUAUUUGUUGAGGAUCCUUUUGAGCAGCCACAAAAUACUGCAAGAUCUGUCAGCAGUGGACAUCUACCAAAGAUAGCGAAGGCAUUUCUAGAGACGUAUAGCAUACUCAUCUCAAAGAGUCAGACUCCAAACUCUCUCCUGAUCUACUUGGCACCACCCCAUGUGACGAGAUACAUUACGAAACCUGCUAUCCCAAAUUAUGGUGGUGGUUACCUGCAUCCACCUCAGCCUCAAGUUCCAAGACUUGUACCUGCUAUCCCAAAUUAUGGUGGUGGUUACCUUCAUCCACCUCAGCCUCAAGUUCCAAGACUUGUACGGCCACAACCACCCCCACAGCGUCAUCCUCAGCAACCUCCACAGCAUCGCAUUCAAAAUGGCAGUGAAGGAUCAAGCUCCAACGGUUCAAUUUCAGGUGGCAGUAAAGGAUCAAGCUCCAACAGUUCAAUGUCGAGAGCACUGGCUAUGCAGGCACAAAAGAGGCAGCAGAUAUGGAGGCCAAGGAACCAAUAGAUGAGUUGGCAGCCAAAAAUACAGUCUCUAAUUACAUGUUUCAACACUUGCUUUCCGGUAUACAAGUAACUAGUGUCAUGUGAUUUGUUGUGUUAUAAGAUAGAUUAUAGCUACCUUGAUAUUUUUUGCCCUCAGGGGAUCCAAAAGUGAUAAACAUUAUGAAUGUCACUUAAAACAUUUUUUUGGUGGGGAAUUAUAAUUGACAUUUGAU